CAGAAGCCUAAGUCCAGAUUGCACUAUGUCAUCGAGUUUCUCCACUUGCAAGGUCUGCGAGUGCAGAGGGAGCUUGUCAGGGACUUUCUCCAUCGUGUUGAUGCACGAGGUCAAAUUCUUCACCGACACGAGGCGAUACAACAUCAAAUGUAUGAGAUCACACAUCUGAACACACUAUGGCAUUGUGAUGGCCAUCACAAGCUGAUAUGGUGGGGGAUUGUCAUUCAUGGCUUCAUUGAUGGCUAUUGCCGAAUGGUGCAUUUCUUUCCUAUUUUGUUCCCAACCAUAGGUCUCAUUGUGACAUUAUCUGCAGCUAACAGGCUUACGAGCUAG